CAGUUGCUCGUUUUAUAGGCAUUAAAGGAGUAGCUGAUAUUUUCAAAUACGUUUGAUAAGAGACAGACAACGGCAUUCAAAAUGUUCCUGACCAAAGCAAGUUUUUGCGCAUAUUUGGUCUUGGCAAUUUCGAGCGCAAGCGUUAGCGCCCAAUUUAGUCCAAACUAUGUGCCGGGAAGGACCACAAUGGUUCACCUCUUCGAGUGGAAAUGGAACGACAUUGCUGCUGAAUGUGAAAAUUUCCUUGGCCCCAAAGGCUAUGCUGGUGUCCAGGUUUCACCGGUAAAUGAAAAUGUAGUUAUCGGAAAUCGUCCUUGGUGGGAGCGUUACCAACCUAUAUCCUAUCUUCUGACCACCCGAUCGGGCAACGAGGAGCAAUUUGCGAAUAUGGUGAAACGUUGCAACAACGUCGGUGUUCGCAUCUAUGUCGAUGCGGUAUUCAACCAUAUGGCCGCCGAUAAUGCUAACGCGCGUGGCACUGGUGGUUCAACUGCCGAUCCCAGCAGGAAGAGCUUCCCAGCUGUGCCCUACUCCAGCACUGAUUUUCACACCAGUUGUGGUAUUAGUAAUUACAAUGAUGCAAAUCAAGUACGUAACUGUGAGCUCUCCGGCUUGAAGGAUUUGGAUCAGAGCAAACCUUGGGUUCGAGAUCGCAUUGUUGACUUCCUCAACAAACUUAUCAGUUUGGGUGUUGCCGGUUUCCGUGUAGAUGCAGCCAAACAUAUGUGGCCUACUGAUUUAAAGGUAAUCUACAAUCGUGUGAAUAAUUUAAGCACUGCUCAUGGCUUUGCCUCAGGUACGCGUCCGUUUAUAUUCCAAGAAGUCAUAGACUUGGGCGGUGAAGCCGUCUCCAAGAACGAAUACACGGACCUGGGCGUCGUUACUGAAUUUGCUCACUCUAAUUCGAUCGGCAAAGUAUUCCGCGGUAAGGAUGAAUUACGUUGGCUAGUCAAUUGGGGUCCACAGUGGGGCUUCUUGAACUCUGAUCGCGCAUUCAUUUUCGUGGACAACCAUGACAAUCAACGUGGUCAUGGUGCUGGUGGUGCUGAUAUCCUCAAUUACAAAACAGCCAAGCAAUACAAAAUGGCCAGUGCUUUCAUGUUGGCCCAUCCAUUUGGUAUUACGCGCGUCAUGUCUUCAUUCGCAUUCUCCAAUACUGACCAAGGCCCACCCACAACCGAUGGCACCACUAUUGCCAGUCCCAUUUUCAAUGCCGAUAAUUCUUGCAGUGGCGGUUGGAUUUGUGAGCAUCGUUGGCGUGAAAUUUACAAUAUGGUUGGCUUCAGAAACAUCGUUGCGGGCACAAGUGUGCAGAACUGGUGGGACAAUGGUGGCAACCAGAUCGCCUUUUGCCGUGGCAACAAAGGCUUCGUAGCAUUCAAUGGUGACACAUCUGACUUGAACGCUUCGCUCCAAACCUGCUUGCCAACUGGUACCUAUUGCGACAUCAUCUCUGGUGAAAAAUCUGGCUCGAUCUGUACGGGCAAGAGUGUGGUGGUCCGUGCUGAUGGUCGGGCUACAAUAACUAUUGCCAUAAAUGAAGCGGAUGGUGUGUUGGCCAUAAAUGUUGAGUCUAAAUUGUGAAUUGUUUUUAAGUGAUAUUUCCAAAAUUGUUACUCGAAUGUAAUACAUUAAUACAUAAUAUAUGUAACUGGGCAA